AAUGCGGUGAGAGCCGUCCGGCCCUGCGCCAACCCCAAUUUGGGUUUCCAGAAGCAGCUGCAGGAGUUUGAGGAUACUCGAGCUGAAGAGUUCAGGGAAUGGUUUCAAAUGACAUACGAGGGCAACCCCUUCAAUGAUACUGCGGAGAUACUUAAGCUACUGGACAGGCUUCCCUAAUGUCAACAAGUUGGGGAUGGAAAACCAUGUGUCAACUCCGCCUGAAGAUAUUUGAACUGAGCUGAGAUCUUUUGCAGCUCAACCAAACUGACUGUGGCAUCCUGAAGAGGUUUGCACCUGGGUGGACGUCUAACACACUCUGAAAUGCACUGUUCUCUGAAUCUUUCCUACACAUUCAAUGACUGUCACGGACUUUUUACAUGCAUUGCAUCUGUUUCUAGAAUUGAGCUGUUUCUAAGAUUUCUUUUGUGUUUUUUUUUUUUUUACUUGCAAAGGUUUUUUUUUUUUCCAAUGUGUCUGUGUGAUCUGAAAUUGAUAAAUAAAAGAAGUAAAGGCAACUGCUUGGUUAGAGGUUGUCGGUCGAUGGUCUGUAAUGUUGGAGGUGAUAAGACACUCUACGCCUUUUGCUGCUUGGUUUCCUGGUUCUCUUCCUGUUUGUCUCAUGUGCAAGGGAGGUCAUGCAUGGUGGCAUUACAAGCAUCAAGAUCGCAGCCUUUUAUCAGCUUGGACUUAGUUAUUUUCAUAAGCUGCAGAACAGCAAUAAAAGCUACGUUUUACUUUUAAAAUGUACCAUAAAUCUUAUAUAUUUGGUAUAAUGACAUGGUGUGACCACUGGGUGGCAGUAUUACUAAUGGACAAAGUGGUGUGUGUGCGUUUUUUUUUUUAAAUUUUGAAAUGUGUGUUUGUUUGUUUUUUAUUUUAUUAUCAACCUAUUUUGCGGAUGUCAUCCAUGAAUACACAUUAUAUUAACGUUAAAUGUUUUGUUCGUAUUUCCGCUCGCAGUUGAAACUAGUUUGGACUUGAAUGGUGUUAUAAAAUAAACACGGGGGAUAUUCAUGUGACUGUACAGGUAUGAUUGUUCCAUUUCGUCCUGGUCUCCGCUCAGGGUGUCGCUAAAGGGAUUCCCCACCUGAGAGCUGCGUGGGUUGAGCUGAGAGUUUUACAGAAAAGAAGUUGCGUUUGCUCCUCAUCUCCUCUUGAACCUCCGACAGACUCCUCCCAGUGAGCGAAAAAGCGAAAAAAAAAAGACAAAAAAAAAAAGACGUGAUAACGUUUAUAGGACCCCGAGAGCCGCAUUAGAGAUUUCCGCUGUGGACCCUACAUCUCUAAAGAGAUGAACCUGGAUGAAGACGGUGGUCUGUCGGGCAGUUGCGGCAACGGCAAGCUGAGGCAGUGGCUCAUAGAGCAGAUUGACAGCAGGAGAUAUCCUGGCCUGGUUUGGGAAAAUGARGAAAAAACCAUCUUUAGGAUUCCAUGGAAACAUGCAGGAAAACAGGACUACAACAGAGAGGAGGAUGCUGCACUCUUUAAGGCUUGGGCGUUGUUCAAGGGAAAGUUUAAGGAAGGAGUUGACAAACCUGACCCCCCCACAUGGAAAACCAGACUACGCUGUGCCCUUAACAAGAGCAACGACUUUGAUGAAAUAGUGGAAAGAAGCCAACUGGACAUCUCAGAGCCGUACAAAGUUUACAGAAUCAUCCCAGAGGGGACCAAAAAGGGUAUGAAGAUGAACCGUGUGGAGGAGACACCGUCUCACCCGCUUGGAUACGUUCCACCAUAUGCGUCACUUCACAACCAGGUACCCAGCUUUGUUGUUUCUCCAGAAAGAAGGGACUGGAGAGAUUACCACGCACCAUCAGAGCAACAUUCUCUUCCUAAUGCAAACCACCAUGGACAACACACAGACCUGCCAUAUGGUCAGUGCCACUACCAGUCGCCAAUCAGCCGAGUCUGGCCCAGUUCGCACACAGAAAAUGGUUUCCAGCUCUCAUUCCACACAUACUUUUCAGAGUCUCAGCCACCAAUGUAUACAAUGGACCACAACAAUGCCAUAUCAGAUUUCAGCCUCCACGUGUCCCUUUACUACAGAGAAACACUGGUGAAGGAAGUCACUGUCACCACUCCAGAAGGUUGUCGGAUUACCUCCACCUCCCCGUCUUCUCCCUCCUCUUCCUCCUCCUCUUCUCCAUGCUCAGAGGACAGAUUCCACAGCGGCGCAGAAGUCGUUCUUUUUCCGUCCCCCUACCCCGAGUCUCAGAGGCAAGGAGCCGAGCUGCUUCCCAACAUCCUGGAGAAAGGGGUGCUCCUGUGGCUGACAGCCGACGGGCUGUAUGCCAAGCGCUUGUGUCAGGGACGGGUGUACUGGGAAGGACCGCUGGCUCCGUAUGUGGACAAGCCCAACAAGCUGGAGAAGGAGCAACCGUGCAAACUGUUUGAUACCCAUCAGUUUCUUGUUGAUCUGCAAGAUUUUGUCCAUAAUGGUCGUCACAUACCACGACACCAGGUGGUCCUUUGCUUUGGAGACGAAUAUCCAGACCCACAACGCCCCAGGAAGCUCAUCACAGCGCAGAUAGAGCCAAUGUUUGCCAAGAAACUGGUCUACUAUUACCAACAGAACACUGGGCACUACCUGAGAGCCUACGAUCACAUUCAGGAACCAAACACCGCUCCCGCUAUUGACUAUCCUCCUCAGAGACCCAUACAGCAUAUUCAGGAGUGAAAAGCAAGCCAAAAAUGCCAACUCGCCACACAAUCUCAUAAGCAGGAAUGGUAUUAAUGUGAAUGUAAAGCUGUGAAUUUGUAUUGUGCCUUAAUAUUGCUACAGCCAUGUGUACUGUAAAUGAUUAAUUUAGGCACUGAGGGGUUGAGAUGGGAAAGACCCUGUAAGAUUUUACAUGCUUGUUGUAUCGGGGACUGGGUAGUAAGAGUUUUUUUUUUUUUUUUUUCUUCUUCAGCAAAUAUUAUUGUGACACUGUGAAGGAUGCGGUUUGAGGGUGGGGGAGAUGAGCGGAGCGGAGGGCAAACUGAGACAGGAAGUACUAGCACAGGUGCACAGGAAGAAUGGCCCCUAAGACAAACAUUGAUACGUCUGUGAGAUAAGCCAGUGUGAAUGAAUACUUUUUUGCAGCCAACAGUAAUUCUUUCUUCUUCUUCUUUUUUUUUUUUUUUUUUUAAACUGGCACUGAGGACAGUUUCUGGUUAUCCACUCUUAAUGCAGCUCAUUUACUUUAUAGUCUACAAUACUUGACAUGCAAAAUAAAGAAAGACGACAAAAGACAUCCUUACAGAAAAAAGAUAACUUACAACAGUGAUUGGUUCUAAGGCAGGUUUUUUUUUUUUGUUGUUGUUUUGUUUUUAUGUGUGAUUAGCACAUCUCUUGUUUAUUUUGGCCUUUUUACUGCUCUGUUCCUUGUGAAAUAUUGUAUAGUUUAACUUCUUCAAGCGUAGUAAUAAAUAUUUUCAAAAACAG